GCAAACUUUAGAUUUUACCAAAUCUGUAGGUUUAUUUUUUUCCAAUAGUUUCUUACAGAAUUCUAUAGGAAAUUGCACUUGGAAAAUAUUCAUCUAUCAAUCCUACACAAAACUAUAGUACAUGUUUUUUAAUGUAUAGUCAUGUGAAAAAAACUACAGUAUGAAUUCGUUGUCCUGCAGCAUUCUAUAAUAUUCUAUAGAAUCCCACAAAAUUCUAUAGAAACCUGUACUUUUUCUAUAGGACUUUUUCAUAAGGGCCGGUCGUGGGAUGAACUGAUACGCACCCUCUGUAAUCUGGUCCCUCUAACCUUUUUCCCCACGCGAGUCAAAUUACGCAUCAUUGAUUAAAUAGGGACCAGCCGAUAAAUGUUUGUUUCAUUAUUGAAUUCACGAUGAGUAAUCGUGAUCAAUAUGUAGUUUCUAUUUAUAAAGUUUUUGAAAAUAAAGAGAGCAGAAUUAAGUGAGCUUAUAAACAUUUAUUAUGAUUAUUAUGGGUAAAUAUUAUUUACAUUUAUCGCGUGGUUUAGACUGUACAGGUAAGAAGUCCCUGUCAGAAAUUCAAGAUGGCGUCAGCUUUGGAAGGACACCUAUUACUAUUACCAAUUAAAGAUGUACCAGUUAUAAUAUUUUAGAAGAAUUAGUGAACAUAUAUAUUUGAUAUAUAUAUAUAUGAAAGAUGUUGGGACCUGUAUUAAUAUUGAUUUUGAGUUUUAAUUAUGGAGUGGAGGCUGCAAUGGUCAAGGGACGUUAUGAAAUGGAUAAAUCUGAAGACUGUUCUCUUGCUGGAUAUCUAGAGAUUCCAGAUGGUCAAGAUAUAUAUAUAAAUGGUAGAUCUACCAGUCCAACAUCCAGUGUUUUACAAUGUACACUGCGCUUUAGAGCCAAAUCACAAGAUUCCUAUAUAAAGAUACAUUUUGCUUCUUAUGCUAUAAACGACUGUAAUGUAGUUCUUUUGAUUGUUGCCAAGGGAGCUGAAGAACAGAGUAAAAGUUAUUCCUGUUCAGAUCCUAUGCCUGGUGAAAUUAUAGCUAAAGAUGGGGACGUCAUUAUGAAGCUUGAUAGAAAGUAUAUAGAUGGUAGAGACUAUAACUUUUUGAUUCUGGUUCAAACUUAUAAACCUGAUCAAGUUUUUAAUGGGCCUAACUCUUCUGAAGUAAAUAUUCCACUAGUAGCUGGAAUAGUGGCUGGUGUUAUUUUCUUUCUUGUCAUACUGGCAGUUAUUUGUAUCUGUUGUUAUCGUAAACGUCAACAUAUCAAGCAAGGACAAGGGGAGUACAAGGUCAGCCUGGAUGAAGAACAAGGCAACAACAGUUACAGUUAUUCUAAUGAAGUGCUUCGAAAUGGAAAUACCUCAAACAAAGAGUUUGAAAGCCCAGUUUCUCAAAAGAAAUUAUUGAGUAAUAGAAAUGAUAAAAAUACUCCUUUAAUAGAUAGCAACAAAUAUGUUGCAGAUGACAUAGUGUUUAAAUUUGAUGAGCUUCACAAAUCAAAUGAACGAUCAGUGAAAGACAACCCAGAUAAACAUCCCAAGUUACCUAAAUCUCCAAUUCUUGAUGCUCUUCAAAAUAAUGCAAAAUUUAGAAAAAAUUUUACACAAAAUGAGACGGAUGCAGAUGAACGAGCUAACAGAAUAUCUGGUUUCACAUCAGAAUCUGUUGGUUCCCAGUCCUCUGUUGAGUCCCCCCCACCACCUCUCCUUCCACCUGCUAAAAAGGUAUCCAAAUCACAGAAACCUUUACGUCAUCAUGCAAGCAUUAGAAGAGCAUAUCGUCAAUCUUCAUCUAAUGAAGAAAUUGGAAGUAUUUCUGCUGAUGAAUAUGAUGAUAAAAAUAUUAAAUUGAUAUGUGAUAAUACUGAUCCACCAUCACCAAGUGAAGUUAUACCGAUUAAAGUUACAGAUCCUCGGGUUGUUGUGUCAAAACCAAAACAUACACUGAGACCUAAUCGUGGUAAAAGUCUGCAAGAUAAAAGAACACAAGUGAAAAAUAAAGAUGCAUUUGUUAGUGAAUAUGUUCAUGCUCCACCACAAAGUGUUUUUCAAAGAAGUAACAGCCAAUGCAAACUAUCAGCCAAGUCACCACGGAUUGGUCGCAGUAGCAAGGGCAGUGAUGGUCAAGACUUGGAUGACUUUGAUUCUUUUAGCCGCCCUGGUACACCAACAAGUGUCAUGUCUCGUGGAAUCUACAGAGACGAAGAUACAGAAUCAUUUUCACCUUUACGUAGAACAGAUUCGCGGCAAUCACUAUAUGCUUCCAGAUCCUCCUUGUAUGGACGCAAAAGUCGAAGGGUACGAAGAAAUUCUUUUGGGGAAUCAGUUUCAACCUAUGCACAUGAUGAUUUGGAUACUUCAAUGUACAGUGAUUUUGUAGAUAGAACAAUGUCAAAGAAAGGCUAUAAUCGUGCAUCUAGAUCUAUGGGUGAUAUUUUUAAUAGAGAAAUGAGAGAAAAAGAGACCCAAACAUUACAUGAAACAGCGACUCAAACUGGUAAAGGACAAGUAACUAUUGCUCAACCUAAAAAAUAUGUAAGAAAUCAAUCUAUGCGAAAAAAAAGUGCUUCUGGAGUAACUGGCAACAACGCAAAAGAUGUUGCAUUAAAGGCAAAACAAAAUGAAACAAAGACAAAAGACAAGGAAAUCACAAUUAAAAUUUUUGAAACACAAGAUAGAGGUGUUGAUGCAAAUCUGCCUUUCAUUGAUCCACCAACAUCUCCUAAAGGAAAAUCCAAACCUAAACCUGUUCCAAGGAAAUCCUUUAAAGGUGCUAAUCAAAGAGAUGAUACUAAUUCUGAAAACAAGAAUGUAGUUGAAAAACCUGUAACAUCCAAUCCCAGCGCAAGCAUGAUUCAACCCCAGUUUAUACCGCCUGUUUUGAUGCAGCCAUAUUAUCAUCCUCCAGGGUCAUCUAUACCAAAUGGUUAUUUAACUAUACAACCUGGUGGCAUAUCACAUAGUGCUCUUCCUGCUCAAUCACCAAGUCAUAUAAACACAGUUUCACAAACACCAUCAACUUUUCAACAUACAUCAGGUAAAUCCAAGUCAAAUUGGGAUCUGCUUUGUUCAAUAACAGAUGCGGAGAAACAGAGAGUCCCAUCGGCGUCAGAUACAACAUCAGUUACAGGAUCUGUGUUUAACAAUAUGAUUGCUUCACCACCAACACCUGAUCAUCAUGCUGUUUACAAUUUAACCUAUUCUUCUGGCUUUGGAGAUGCUUACCAACAAUCAUUUCCACAGGGUUACACUACUAGCCCCCAUUCUGUGCCAAGUAUCAAUGGUAGGUUUACACCCACUGAUACAAGUAGUGGACACUUUACAUUGUUUCGUCCUCAAAAUAUAUCUGAUGGUAAUCAUGGAAGCCCUGUACACAUUCUGCAGUCAUCAAGUUCAGAGACAAAUCAUGACAAUCCCUUGGAAGGUCUAAAACAACUGUCAGAACAAAAAUCAGCCCAUACAACCAAUAAGCAGGAGAGUGUGGUGUAAUUUAUUAUUUGUAAUUGCUAGAAUUAGUUAUCAAAAGGCAUUAUCACUUCCAUCAAGAAAACAGACAGACACAUUUUUAUGUAAUGACAAUAUGCGUUUAGUUGUCCACGUUAGAUACUAGGAGGGUUUUUUUUGUCGUCUAUUUGUUUUUUUUGGUUUUUUUAUGAAGAUAAAUAUACCUCUUGGUUAUUUAUUACUGAUUGGUAAAAAGAGGUUAGAAGGUUUGGUUUUACAACAUUCUUGCAGACAUACUAGUUUGCUUUUCAUCCAUAAAUGUUAGACACUGAGUUAUGUUAAGCAUUGGAGAAAAAGUUGUUAAUAGGUUUUGGUCUUGAAAAGUAUUAGAUAUCAAAGGAAUUGCCCUGCCCCGCCCCACCCAACCCCAUUCAUAAAGGCAGAAUCAGUGAGUUGUAAAUAAUUGGAGUUUUAUAAUGUCGCCAUGGAAAAGGCACUAUAACUCAGGUCAUAAAUUUAUGUAUGAAAAGAAAAACUUUUGUGCCCACCUGUUUAAAGAUGCAUUAUGUAAGAGCUAAAUCUGACUAUUGCAAGUUUUUAUUUUGGCUUCAAAUGUUAUAUAAACUAUUAUUUAGACAUUAAUUCAAAUGACAAGCCUAUAAUCAACUCUCUAGAACAUCAGAUGGUGGAGAUGUAAACGGAUUGAAAUACGAUCGACAUUUAAUGAUUUAAUUUUAAAAUGGAGAAGCGAGGCUGAGUCUCAAUUAACAAGUAGCUAUGCUACAAUAAAAAACAAAUCUUUGCCCCAUUUUGUCAAAACUUCAAACAAUGAUAACAUCGCUCAGAAUAAAGUAAUUUGAAUGAAAUGUUCAAUAUAUCAAUUUUGAAUUAUCUAUUUUGGAACUAUUAUAGCGAUAACUCUCAGCUCUUUAUCUAAAUUUUACAUAAUGUAUCUUAAAAACUCAUCUUUUCAAAAUUGAUAACAAAACCUUGAGUGAGUGUUGUGGAUUUGGCCAUGUAUAAAAUGGUAAUAAAAAAAACAUGGGGAUUAAUCAAUCAUUAGUAGUCUCUGUCAAUUAAUUAGUUAAUUAGUGUCAAUUAAUUAGUUAAUUAGUGUCAAUUAAUUAGAUAAUUAGUGUCUAAAACAACAUUCUACAAAAGUGUAUCUAUUUAAUCUCUUCAAAUAUGAUGUGGUGUCAGAUGUAAUAAAAAGAGCAUACCCUGCCUGAGAACUUAAUAAGAGUGAUAAGGAAUUGGUGGACUAGAGCAGGGGCGGAUCCAGAGGGGGGGUUUGGGGGAUCGACCCCCCCCCCUGCUCAGCUACAUAAAUUUUUUUGUAAAUCAACACUUUUUAUGAGAAAGGUUUCUCGGCCGUGUGCUUUAUCCUUUAUCGUCAGAUUUGGGACAGGAUGGGCACUCAAAGCACGAGAUAAUGAUAUAGACAUUAUGUGAUAUCACAAUUAAUGCUUUGCAUCCAUGAAAUUGAAUCACAGUGUCAUUGUAUUAAUUCAUAAUAAAAAUUGACGUCAAACAA